AUGAAGGACAGUUCAACAAGCGGAGUUGAACAGAACACCGUCCGUCCAAGACUGCCGAUGCCAACAGCAUCCACAGGAACCCAGGAGGCAGCACGGAGUAUUUUGAAUGCUGAAGAAGGCAAGCCUGCGUGCAAUUAUACGCGAACGGGUCAUCUCGCUACUGGUGACCUGAAUCUUCCGGAUAACCCACCGGUCGAGCCAUCGACUCUAAAAAGAGCAGCACUGCUAACGACGCAGACAAGUCAACCGCAGGAUGGCUUCUUCAAUAUCUUGAAAUGUUCUUUGACCAGGAAGAAAGCACGUACCAUGACAUCGACUUCAACAGGAUCACUACCGCCUCCAGCAGCAACGCCAGCGCCAGGGAAAUAUCGGCCCGCGCAUGACUUUCGCGAUCCUUUGGAGAUACCUUUCCAUGGGAAGAAGAUCUUGGUCUAUCGUCAUGCAGACGCUCACAUUAGCCAAGAGCACCACCGGCGCUUUCCCGAUAUUCUAGAGCUUUUUAGGCAGCAAACACAAAGAGAUAAGAACCUCUCAGCAUCUUCCCAGGCUAAUACCGAGUACAAGGUCAAAAUGUGUGGUGUGAAUCCAGAAGAUAGCCACGCGUCAAUUCUGAUCCUCCAUCCCUUGGAGUAUUUCGAACAGGGCAAGUGCAUACUCAAAAGCCUAAGUGCGCGCACUCUGGAGAACCAGUACAACAACAAAAAGAUGGGCCCAAUCUUCAAACUCUAUCUCUUUCUUUCGGAAGGCUCUCAGAUGCUGGGGAAUUUCAUGAACUCACUCAGCAUACACAUAGACAAAGAAAACCUUCUUGGUGCCCAGCUCGUCUCGAACGAUGAACGAUAUCAGACCAGCACUAUUACGUGCAGUGUCCAAUUUGAUGGAAACGAUACUGUCUUUGCUCUAACGACUGCUCAUGCAUUCGAGGACAAUGAAGCUGAGGAGAGCGAUAAACCUGCCUGGAACCCUGAUGACACAAUUCCUAAUUAUAGUGGUUCAGAGAGCGAUGAUAUAUGUGAUAGGGGACCCUCAAACACAGUUUACGAAUGUGAUACAUGCGACGACGGACCCUUAUACACACUUGACGAUUAUGACUGGGAAAGGAUUGAAAAAGAAGCAAUCACAGCGAAGGAGGACCGAGAGCCGAGUCUCGAUAACCCCAAAAAACCAGAUUCUUCGAAACAGAAAGUUGAAAGACAUCCCAGCCGCUUCGAGAUCGCGCCUGGCUAG